GCGAGCUAUACAUACAUAAUUCUUGGGUAAAUUAUUUUCCUACUUUUUUUGCGAGAUGCAUGUACGAGAUGACGAAUAAGCAUUAUUGAAACAAAUAUCGAAAUGUGGUGAACAAGGCGAGAGUGGAAUAUGCGAAGGAAUAAAGGAGCCUUUUGAUGGGACGAGGCGAGCGAGUGAUUACGGAGCGAGAGGUGCAGGGUUGAGCUGACGCGACUUUCUCCACCCCGAAAGGCAUGGAUUCCCACAGCCAACCAACCCCAACGCUUAUGGCAUCAUCAUCAUCAUGAGAAAGCUGUUUGGUCUUCUAAAGGAUACAUGCACCGGACGGCUACCGUCUCACUCUUCCAUACGUGCCACCACGAGAAGCAGAGAUCAAAUUAUCUGUUGACCCUGUUGAGUCGAGAUCCCUUGUGUGUCUCACUCAGCUCGCAAGCAGUGAUCAGUUGAGAUUACGGAGGUGUCUCAUCAGCACAGUGUUUUAAGACAUUGAAGCUCGUGGCUACAUUCAGCUUAAUCAUCGCUAAAGCAUAAUUUUGUUUAAUAACUACAAAAAGAAAAAGUAUAAAGAUGGUUAAUCCUGGGUUUGGAGUUGACUAAGAAAAUAAACUUGUCAAGCCAUGCAAAACAGUGUUGACGUGAACAAUCCUGAAGCAUUAGCCAUGAUGGCUCAAAAUCCAAUGUUGGGCUCGCUGCCUCCUGCGUUCUUCCUCCGAGCUGCUGAACGGUACCAAAGGACGCCCAAGUGCGCACGAUGUCGAAAUCAUGGAGUUGUCUCAGCCCUGAAAGGUCACAAGCGCUACUGUCGCUGGAGGGAUUGUGUUUGUGCCAAGUGCAAUUUGAUUGCGGAAAGACAGCGAGUUAUGGCUGCUCAGGUGGCCUUGAGACGUCAACAAGCACAAGAAGAGAACGAAGCUCGAGAACUCGGUCUGUUGUAUAAUCCCAACAACAACAAUAACAACAACAAUUCGGUUCAAAACUUGUCCCCCGGGUCGAGAUCACCUCAAGAAACACCACAGCCUGGAAUGUACGGGAUGCCAAAUGGUCUGCAGCUCCGAGCUCUGGGGAUGUCCGAUUCUGGAGGUUCUGGAGAUUCCCAAUUCAACUCUGCCGUGAUUGACAAUAAGAGACGAGAUUCGCCCAGUCCCAAGUCCAAGAGACAAAAGCUGGACAGAAACGGGGACGAGUUGACGGACGACGGGGAAGGAGAGACGCUCGACUACAAGGACGACUUCCAGCAAAGAGAGGACCCCGAUAGUCCCGUCGCACUGGAUGUCAAGAGUCAGCAGAGAGAAGAAAGAAGGAGAACGACGACUGACAGGUAUUCUUCCCCGUCAAAACUGUUGGCAAAAAAUGAUGAACCACUUUCAGAGCCCGAAGAGUCGAGAAACAGUAGCAACGAAGACGAUGACGAGCCGAUAGUUGAGCCCAACAAUGGGAAGAAUGCAAACUCUUCGGAUCAAGAUAAUGAUGACACCGACCAAGGAGACAAUUACAAAUCCAACAACAAGUACUUGCGAGCCCUGGCAGCCGAAGGGAUUCAAGUAGGAAGACAUGUCACACGGCUGAAGAACAGCUCCAAAUACGGAGGCAAUAACCACCAUCACCAACAACAACUAGUAACUCCAACGCCUCAGAAAAAUCGUAAGAAUUUGAACCCCCGUCGUCAAAGUCAAAGUCCACCUUCCCCCGCAGUGGACACGCUUCUCCGAGUGUUUCCUACCAAGUCGAGGAGCGAAAUUGACGUGGUGCUGAGCAAAACUGGGGGCGACGUUUUGAAAGCAAUUGAGGUACUCCUCACAAGCAGUGAGACAGAAAAUCUGCUUUUCCAGCAUCCUCAUCAUCAACAGUCGUCGGCUGCUGUCCAUCAGCUCAACCAACAACUUCAUCAACUCGCUCCGAAUGUCACAACUCCAAUGUCGGUUCACCAGUUUAUUCACCAGCAACAAAUGCAGCAUCAGCAAAGGUCCUCCUCGCGAGCCUGUUUUUCCCCCACGAAUAACACGACGACGACCAAUACCAGCCCCACGUCAGCACACGGCCGUGGUCCCAUUGAUCUCGCCAUGGACUCGCAUCACCAUCGACUGCUGGAACAUUCGUUCGAAAAAAGCAGCAGCAAUCAUCACCACAAUAAUAAUAACCACAAGUCGAACAAUAACAAUUCCCUCACCAACAAUAACAACGUCAACUCGAACAAUCAUCUUUUGGGUCAUCACGACGGUGGUUCUCCUCCCACUUCCGGAAGAGGUGGGAGCGAGAGUCCGACCUCUGCAUUCUCAUUUUUCGGACCAUAUGCUGCUGCUGCGGCCGCUGCUGCAGCCAGAUUCCAUCCGAACCACCCAGCAAUUGCGAAUCGUCGCUUUCUCCCAUCCCUUCUGCCCUACGGGAUUCCCGGAUUGCCCCGACCUGGCGACUUUUACCCUGGACUCGCAGGAGCCCAUCACCCUUUGGUCACUGCAGCCGCAGCAGCAGCCAUGUCCUCCGCAGGGGUGUUGAACCUUGGAACUGGGGGUGGUUGCAGUGGGGGGAACAAUACAAGUCCAGGCACUCCUGGGUCUCAACACGAGAACAAUAACCUGGGAACGAACGAGCGAGAGGGCACUCCGCCCACUUCUUGCUCAGGCUCCGAUAGGGCGUCCUACUCGGAGUGAGAAGAAACUGUUGCAAUUUGGUCUUCUUCAUUCACCCUUCGUGGUUUCGUUACUCGAGGAGGUCUUCUGUUCCAGCAGUGGUGGCAGUCUCGAGAAGGUCCCCUCCUCCCAAACUCAUCCUGAAUAAGCUAUCUUCUCGACGCAGGGAAAUCUAAAAGUGGUAGUCACUUCGUAUUGUAACAAUGUACGUAUGUACAUAUGUCUUGGCAUGUAGCGAGAGAAAUGUUGUAUCGACUUUCCCCUUCGUCUCACCCAGCUUUUGAUAGAGUUUCGAUAGUCGUCUCAACUUUUGUGAAUAUGAAGAACAAGUCUUAUUUAGCUAUUCUCUGGAGAUGUAAAUGAAAUGUAAAAGUUGUUGCAUUAUGUAUUAAAAUAUGUAUGAUAUUAUAUACGACGAGCCAUUCAAUUCGCCCUGUGCAUAUUGACUGUUGAUGGGCAUUAAAUUAUAGUGAUUCUCUCUCUGAAUCUGGCUGGAUAGCAGUUUUGCUAUAUCCUGUGGACAUAAAUAAGCAGUGAAUGGAGGAGCAGACGAGUGAAUGGACGAGGGGAACGAGAAUAAAGAAAAUUGGACGUUAAACAGUUGAAUAAAAUAAAAGUUUGGUUGGGGUGGUUGUUGUUCGUGGUGAGCGAAUCUUUGAUGAAAUGGACUAUUAGUAUUUAGUUUAGUGUCGAGUAGCUGAGUGAUGGAAACUAGUUUUCGUUUAUUCGACCCAUUCAAGCGUCUGUGGGCAAUUUGUAAAUACUUACACAAGUUUCCAUCCAUACGUUUUUAUUCCACGGAUGCACACCCGCCAUGAUUAUUUACUGGGCAGUUCACAUAGUCUUGCAGCCCUCAAAGGAAUAUCAUGAUUCAAUUCUCUGCGUAAUAAUAAUACAAAUAAUAAUAAUAUCUAAUUGCUUGUGGGGUAGAUGAACUACUACUUGCUACUCGUCGUGGUUCCUACUCUUUUCAUGUAAUCUCACCCCUUUUGCCCUCGUUGUCUCAUAGCAAAUCAUUCAUUGUUGAACAAACCCAUCAUGUUCUCCGAUGUUCAUCAUGCAUGUAUGACUUACAUAGCCCUGUGGUACAUGACUACAUUGUGUAACACUAUGAUAGACUAGUUGCUAACCUCUGUAAAAUUAUACUAGUAAAUGAAAAUACUAUAGCUUGGAGUUGUACUUGGGGAAUCAAGUGUCACGUAGGAAGUGUGCGUAGUUUUGAGCUUAUAUGUACCAAAAACUUUUAAAAUAAAAUGAUCAAUCGAUCAAUG